AUGACUAAGGAUGCCAAGGGACACAACUACAUACACCCGUCGCUGCAGUACGUCCGCCAGCACCUCCCGCACAAAUUCCCCAUCACUGCAGACCUGUCUGUGUCCAAAGAGAACAAGACUGAACUGCGACACCGCUGGGCAACACAACUUUGUUCGAAUUUCUUGAAGGUGAGCGUCAUUCAAAAUUGUACAACUACGUCAUGCACUCUUGGUGGUCGACGCUCGUCGGGAAACGUGGGUCGUGGGAACGCGCACAUCCCGGGCCGCGGCGGGGUAUUACCGGAUUUGGGUGAGGAGGGAGAAGCCGAUGGAAGCCGGGACAGGGGGUUCUUCCGGCGCCAGAACUCGAAGAUGGAUGAAUGGUGGUCGGAGAGGACGAGUUCUUCAGGACAAGGAAGGCCCUUUGGAUAA